UGUAGGGAGGGGUUAGGGUCGUGGUCUUCUACUUCCAUAGGCCACAUAGUAGUAGAGAGAGAAUCUAAGUGCCAGCUAUGAAGUUGAAGGAUCAAAGGUUGCUCUCAGGACUCUUUUGUUACAGAAGCUGAAAAUGUGUGUUCUUUGACAUAGACACAGAGCGAGAGGGGUUAAUGGUUGAUUCUUCUUCCGCCACCACAAAAAUAGCAACCAUGGCUACUUCUCCAUGUCUCAGUGGUAUUGAAAAGAAAUACUGGUGGCUUAGCAACCGAAAGAUUGUGGAUAAGUACAUUAAAGACGCUAGAAACCUCAUUGCAACACAAGAACCUAGUGAUAUUGCUUCUGCUCUAAACCUUCUAGACGCGGCUCUUUCUCUCUCUCCUCGCUUUGAAGUCGCUCUUGAACUGAAGGCAAGAUCUUUGCUCUACCUCAGGCGAUUCAAGGACGUGGCUGAUAUGCUUCAAGACUAUAUCCCCAGCCUAAAAAUUGGAAAUGACGAGUCGGGUUCUGUAUCUUCUGAAAACUCGUCGCAGCAGCUAUCGAGGGAGCGAGUUAAGCUGUUGCCAUCUGAUAACUCCUCCUCGGACACUGCAGAAAAGGAUCCAAGUUUCAAGUGUUUUUCCGUGUCGGACUUGAAGAAGAAAGUGAUGGCGGGGCUUUGUAAAAACUGCGACAAGGAAGGGCAAUGGAGGUACUUAGUUUUAGGCCAAGCUUGUUGCCGUCUGGGCCUGAUGGAGGACGCCAUGGCCCUCCUCCAAACCGGGAAACGCCUCUCAACGGCUGCACUCCGCCGUGAAAGCAUUUCUUGGUCCGACGAUAGCUUUUCCAUUUCCAACUUCCCACUCUCUGGCGACAUUAGCACCUCAUCAGCUCCACCAACCCCACCUCGAACUUUGACCGAAUCUGAGAGCGUUUCCCAACUCUUAUCACAUAUCAAGCUUCUCCUGCGCCGUCGUGCUGCAGCUAUUGCCGCCCUCGACGCAGGAUUAUACUCUGAGGCCAUCCGCCACUUUACCAAAAUUGUAGAAGGUCGCCGCGGGGCCCCUCAGGGAUUCCUGGCGGAAUGUUACAUGCACAGAGCCGUGGCAUACAAGUCUUCGGGUCGAAUUGCGGAGUCCAUUGGUGACUGCAACAAGACCUUAGCUCUUGACCCUAUGUGCAUUCAGGCGCUUGAGGCCAGAGCCUCGCUUUUAGAAACCAUCCGCUGCUUGCCUGAUUGUUUACACGAUCUUGAACACUUGAAACUCCUAUACAAUUCAAUCUUGCGGGAUAGGAAGCUCCCAGGUCCUGCCUGGAAACGGCACAACGUGAGAUACAGAGAGAUUCCAGGGAAACUUUGUGCAUUGGCCACCAAGAUUCAGGAAUUAAAGCAGAGGGUUGCUUCCGGGGAGACUGGAAAUGUUGAUUACUAUGCUUUGAUCGGUCUGAGACGUGGCUGUUCAAGAUCUGAGCUAGAGAGAGCUCAUUUGUUGCUUUGUCUAAGACACAAGCCAGACAAGGCCACAAAUUUUAUGGAGAGGUGUGAGUUUGCGGAUGAUAGGGAUCUUGAUUCAGUUAAGGAUCGAGCAAAAAUGUCUGCAUUACUGCUCUAUAGAUUGCUUCAAAAGGGUUACUCUAGUGUCAUGGCCACAAUUAUGGAUGAUGAGGCCGCAGAGAAGCAAAGGAAGAAAGCAGCAGCUGCCUGUAAAGCAGCUGCAGCAAUUCAAGUGCAGCAAACGACUCAGAAUGAGAAAACUGAACCAAAUGUAUCUAAAAUGGAGAAACCGUGUCCGAAGAGAAUCAAUGCAACUGAAAAUAAAUUGGCAACAUCUUCAGGGACCUCCAAUCCAUCUGUUUUUCAAGGGGUAUUUUGCAGAGAUCUCGCAGCAGUUGGAAAUUUAUUAUCUCAGGUUGGCUUUAACCGUCCAAUUCCAGUGAAAUACGAGGCAUUGAGCUGCUAAAGUAAACAAGUUUGGGAGAUGUUACCGGCGGUAGAAUCUCUGGUUCAUUUUGUACAAAAGUAUAUAAUUUAUGCUGCCGGAAAAUUUUGUCACCUUGUCAUUUUCUUUUAAUUCCAUCAUCUCCCACAUGUACAGAAUUUUCAAAAUUUCAGUACCCAGAUCCAGUUUCUACUUUUUCUUUGA